AUGCAAGGUUACGGUCACAAAAUAGAUGUAGCUGCGAAUGCUGUAGAUAGAUCAAUAUACACAUGUUCUUCUACAGACUUAUUUAAUCCAGCAUGGUGGUAUGUGGAUCUCCAAAAAGUCAAAAGUAUUUUUGACGUAGAGAUAUAUUACAGACUUUAUAGUACCGAAUAUGAACAACGACAGAGAGAGCGUAUGUAUGGAUACAAACUCUACAUCUCUAACAGUACAGACUUCAGUCUCCUACACGAGGCUUAUCUGUGUUACAGUCAUUCAGGGCAGGAGUUACCCGAACUCAAUGUAACUCAUGUGUGUGUUUCUUUUGGUCGGUACGUAAUUUUCUAUAACGAAAGAGGAGUUCCUGGCGUGACGUAUCCAAAAGGGGUCAAUCCAAAAGAAACAUUUACACAGCUGUGUGAAGUUAUAGUACAAAGUUGUAAAAAGGAUGGUGUUUAUGGAAGUUUCUGUAACAAGUCCUGUCCUUCUAAUUGUCAAGAGAGAAGGUGUUACAUAACUAAUGGUACCUGUGCUGGAUGUAAAGACGGUUGGAUAGGGGAAAAGUGUCUCGAUGCUUGUCCAGCUGGAAAAUAUGGAGCCGAAUGCAAGAAAACAUGUACAGACCAUUGUGGAAAUAAUACUUCUUGUAGUCACGUGACUGGUCAGUGUGAGGGGUGUCUAUCUGGAUGGAUGGGACAUGAUUGUAAUGAAAUAUGUCCAUCUGGCACGUAUGGAAGAGGCUGUGAACAGAACUGUAGUGGAAACUGUUUUAACAACGAUACCUGCUACAAUGUCAACGGAAAUUGUCCUCGGGGUUGCCUUGACGAAUUUCGAGGAAAUCGCUGCGAUGAACAAAGCGUUGUUGUAGAUUUUAAUCGCCUUUGCAGUGACCAAAAAGCCAACAUAGCCGGGUUGACAGCGGGUUUGAUUAUUUCUCUACUGAUCAAUGUUGGAUUUUGCUUUUUAGUAGUGCUUCACUUCAUCAGGAAGAGAGACGUUACCCGCUUUAGGAAGAACGAGAACAAGAAAGAAAAUGACAAGUCUUCAUACGAGGUUAGUGACAGAGGGCCUUCCCAACAAAGAACUUCUGAAGACCAUCUUGAAAAUCAUACAUAUGAGGAUCUGAAUGCGACACGAACAACAAGGGCCCCUCAAAUGUUAUACUUGCGACAUGUUGUGCCACCAAAGGACGUUCUUUUUUCACAAGAACUUUCACUUUCCGGCAGUCUGAUUAAAACCAGCCCCUUCUCCUUUAGGAGAAGGGGGCUGCAUGGUUUUAAUCAGACUGACUUUCCGGAACUUGGACUUUACGGAACCCCUUUGGUCUGUAUUUGGAACCUACAACUCACACCUACAACUCACGCACGGGAAAUGCAUCUUAAAUCCGAAAGUUCAAAAGCAAAAAUUCUCGUUAUUGCAACUCUAGUGUGA